UUUUUAAUGCAAAUAAACGAGAAUUUAUUACUAUUUGGAUUUAUAUUUAUAUACAUAACUGAACAUAUAACACACACACACACACACACACACACACACACACACACAUAUACGUUUAAUGACAUCAUUAGGAAACGCCCAAAUGAUUGUGAUGUUAUAAAACAGUUCGUGGUUUAUGAACAGUGUGAAUAUUAAUGAAUACAUAUAUUGUAUCAUAUAUUUGCGAAAUAACAUGCGGAUUAUAAUAACACAAUAUUUUGAGCGUUAUUAAAAAAAAAACAUUUUCGAAUAUUUGAUAUUAAACACAGUAAGUUUAUAAUGUUUAAUAUCAGUAAUACAAUAACUAUGUGAAAGUAAGAAACUAGUAAAGAAGUGAAGUACUGAAUUACAUUUUUAAAAUAUACGUUUUGUUAACGGUCAGUAAAAAUGCAAUAUAAUAUAAUUGCUUAUAAACUAUCUGUCAAUAAAUAAUAAUGGGUUAUACGGAACAAAUUGUCACAGAAAAUAAUAUAUAUUUCAAGAUGUAACAUUAUGAUUCAACUUUCAGUUCUAUAAUAAGAUUAUAAAAAUUUUAAUUUUAAUUUUGAUGUAUAUAUGUGACAUUAAUCUCAAAAUUUUAUAUCACCAUACCCGAUAAAGAAAGUUUAUAUAUAAUUAAAUAUAUAGAAUUAUAUGUAAAAUAUAAAUAUGUUUAUACAAGUUAUCUUCCUCUUGUAUAAUUUCUAUCCAUAUAUAUAUGAAAAAUAAGAAUAAUUUAAAAAAUAAUUAGAAAAAUAACUUUUUUUUCAUAAAAAGUAAAAUUUCGAUAAUCGAUAAUCACAAUAUAUUAUAUGUGAUUACAUAUACAAUUUUAUACAUCAUUAUAUACACUAUUAUAUACGAUAUAUGUGUAAUUUUUUUCUCAUUUCCUCAAACUUCACUUAUUAUGUAAAAAAAGUGAAUUAUUCAUCUAAUUAUUUUUCUAUAUAUAUAUAUAUAUAUAUAUAUAUAUAUAUGAAUAGAGAUUAUAGACCAAAAAGAAAACUUACAUAAUCGUAUUUUAUAUGUAACUAUCCAUAUUUAAAUUUGAUUAUGUACGAGUCUUUUUUUAACGAGUACUGACUGUAAUUUACAUAUUAAUGCGCGUGGAAAUAGUAAGGCAAUACUGAAUUAACAUUAAAAAUACAUGAAAUUUAUUUACUUUUGUAACGCAUAAUUAAAAAGAAGAAAAUGAAAUGUAUAGAUACAACAGAUAUUUGUAUACAUUUCGUUUUGCAUUAUAAACGUUUCUUAUAAACACGAAGAGAGAAAUAAGUGAAAAAAGAAAAAUCAGAACUUCGAAAAAUUAGUACAAUUUAAUGACAAUUUUAUAUAAUUUUGAAGUAUAUAUUUAUGGGAUAUUAGUGUGCAAGCAAAACAUAAUUUUGUAGAUUAUAUAUAUAUGGAAUAUAUGUACAUUUCAAGUUUGCAGUUUAUUUCAAUGAAUAAGCGAAAUAAUAGUGAUCAUAGCCAGGCAUUAACAUAUUCUUGCAUUAUACGAACAUAGAAUGUUCUCCAUCAUCCUUCCGCUGUCAACAAAUAUGUGUAUGUAGGUAUUAUCAAAAGAUACGAUUGCUUAUUCUGCGUCUUCCUGUAUCCCUGUCUUGGGAUAUGGAAAUAUUUUUUCUCUUUCUUUUUUUAUUUGUCUGACCGAAAUCCGAGAGAUCUUGAAAUUGAAAUGAUCAUGUCGCGUUUUCUAUAAAAAAAGACACAUUUAUUAAAUUAAUCUUCGACAAAUCGAAGAAAAGCCGAAUAACGUGAAACACGAAGCCAAAUAUUUGGAGAUACAAAAUAUCAGACGUAAUAAGUUAAGAAAUUACGUGGAUUUAUAUCUUAUAAGAGCAUCGUGACACGCACUUGCGAUCAGAUCGCAACUUGGGCGUUUGCGAUCGAGAAUACCAGUGAAAUAUUCUUAAGAAAAUAUUGUGAUGCUUUAUUGUUAAUAUCGAAUAAUGAAUCUUCGUGUAUGAGAAUAAUUGAAUAGAAAGGAUAUAAAGGCUGUGCAAAAGCUAUAUUCGAAAUAUAAUACCUACACAAGAACACGAAGGAUUUUUUAUAAAAUCCAUUUAUCUUAUCCUGCAACGUAUACAUAUUUAAUUAUAAUGUAAAAUUCGACUCUUAUCGAGUGGCUAAAAAUAAGUCAAAUGUAUUAACCACGAAUUGUUCAUAAAUUAUUAUACACCAUAAUAUAAAAUUAUAAUUUAGCAAAAUGGGAGAGAGAGAUUAAAAGUUAGUCUUUUCCUUAUAAGAUAAAAAAGUCAUUAGGUUACAAGAUAUAUUUUAUACAAAUACUAAAACUAAAUCUUUAAAGACAAAUACAAAUUAGAGAGUGCUUUCUAUGAUAUAAUAAUAGUUUUUAUAUCGUUUAGAAUUUUGUAAUAAUUAUGUCUUUUCAAAUCUGAUAUUUUAGCAGUAUCUAUAUUGAGAUUUUAAGUCGUAAGAUUCACAUAAUCAAUUUAAAAAAAGAAUAUCUACAUCAAUUUAUGUACAAAUAUUCCGCUAUUUGAUUAGUUGUUGUGUCUUACAUCUUAAAUUUUCAAUAUAGGCCACAUAAAGAUCGUCAUUAAUCAUCAUAGGAUGGAAUUCAUGCUGGGUAUCAUAGUCAAGUCUUAAAUUUAAGAUCAUCUUAGGCUGCGUUCCAAAGUUGGUCAGUAUUGAAAAUCUAUAGUUUUCACGUAUACUAUUAAUUUUCAAUACUGACAGUAAAUUUUGGAUGCUAAAGCUGUCCUGUUUUACCGAUUAUUUUGUUAUUUCCAAUUCAUUAAUCUUUUAUGCAAGGUCUACAAUGUCAGCAUUGUAGACCUUGCAUAAAAGACAAUGUCAGCAUUGUAGACCUUACUCCUUACUCCAUUACUCCAGGAGUAAUGGAGUAAGGAGUAAGAAUAACAAUUGAUCAAUUAAAAAUCGGGAGUAAACGAAACGGGCAAAUCUCAUUUCAUAUUUCUUACUUCUUAUGGCACUCGUACAUUAGACGCGGAUAAGCGACGAGGGAUGAGCGAUAUCCAAUGAGAGUUUCUGCUUUUUCUAAUAUGGCGAUGAAAUGUCCGAAAAUGCAGAGCUUUGGAGGUCGCUUAUCGCGUCUAGUGUGCGAGAGCUUUGACUAUAUAUAAGCAGAGAGAAGGAUCCUUCUCUCUGAGAGAGAAUUCUUCUCUCUGUGUUCGGCAAUACCAAAGGACCCUUUUUAGCUAAUUUCCAUAAUGCUUAUUGAUGCUAUUUUUAUGUAGCUAGCUCUCGGUCUAUUAGGACGUGUUCUCAUGUGCGCGAGCGAUGCGUUUCGUGAUACCGAGAUGGCGCUCAUUCGCGCGCCUAGAGUCGACGCGUGUAACGUAGAUCGUGUAAACAUGCGCCGGCAGCGGCCAUAGACGGAGGCUGGCAUGUGAUCCUGGCUUCACUGUAGAUAAUACGAGACUGGCGAAAAAUGGCGGACGAACAGGAGGUACGGCAGCUGGAGUUGCUGUGUAAGCAAUUGUACGAGUCGCAAGAUUCGGCGCAUCGCGCGGAAGCGGAGAAGGCCCUGGUCGCCUUUCAAAAUGCACUGGAUACGCUUACAAAGUGCCAGCUCCUCCUGGACCGUGGGGACUCCGCAUACGCUCAAUUACUGGCCGCUACCACCCUGACAAAGCUGGUGUCACGCUCGGCGCAAGGACAACUUACAACAACACUCAGCUUACAACAGAGGCUUGAUAUACGAAACUACGUACUCAACUACUUAGCAACGCAACCAAAGUUACCGAAUUUUGUGAUACAGGCUUUGGUUACGCUAUUCGCUAGGAUAUCAAAGCUUGGAUGGUUUGAUUCCGAUAAAGAGGAAUUUGUCUUCAGAAAUGUAGUCAGCGACGUAGCCAAGUUUCUUCAGGGGUCAGUGGAGCAUUGUAUGAUAGGAGUACAGUUGCUCUCCCAAUUGACAUGUGAAAUGAAUCAAAUAUCGGAAGCCGACGCGAAUAGAUCUCUGACAAAACAUAGAAGAAUAGCGAGUAGCUUUAGAGACACGCAACUAUUUGAAAUAUUUAGGUUAUCGUGUACUCUACUGAGUACAGCUCGUGAAAAUUGUAAGAAUUUAAAUUUCAAUGAUGAGGCACAGCAUGGUUUGAUAAGGCAACUGUUGAAGCUUGCACAAAACUGUUUGACAUUUGACUUUAUUGGCACGUCAACCGAUGAGAGUUCGGAUGAUCUUAAUACAGUACAAAUCCCAACAAGCUGGAGACCUGCGUUUCUGGAUUUUACUUCGUUGAAACUGUUUUUUGAUCUAUAUCACAGUCUACCUAAUACGUUAUCGUGUUUAGCACUUUCAUGUCUGGUUCAAAUAGCAUCCAUCAGACGGAGUUUAUUCUCUAAUACUGAAAGGGCAAAAUUUCUGACACACUUAGUCAAUGGUAUUAAGCAUAUACUACAAAAUCCGCAAGGUCUUAGUGAUCCAGGAAACUAUCAUGAGUUUUGUAGAUUAUUAUCCCGAUUAAAGAGCAAUUUCCAACUUGGUGAAUUAGUCUUGGUAGAGGAUUAUCCCGAAGCAAUACAACUGAUUGCCAAGUUUACAGUACAGAGCUUACAAAUGUGGCAAUUUGCGCCAAACAGUUUGCACUAUCUUUUAACUUUGUGGCAAAGGAUGGUAUCUUCUAUGCCAUACGUAAAAGCGGGCGAUCCACACUUAUUGAAUACAUAUACACCAGAGGUUACAAACGCGUAUAUUACAUCGAGACUCGAAUCGGUAGCGGUAGUGGUUAGAGAACGUCUGGAAGAUCCGUUGGAUGAUCUAGGAGUGGUUCAUCAUCAGUUGGAACAAAUAUCGGUCAUCGGUAGAUGUGAAUAUCAGAAAACGUGCACCCUACUAGUUCAACUGUUCGAUCAAGCUGCAAGAACGUAUCAGGAGUUGAUGACGCAGACGGUGUCGCCGACUCAACAAAUUGACAUUGCAAUCCAGGAGGGACAACUCACAUGGCUUGUAUAUAUCAUAGGUGGUGUUAUCGGCGGACGAGUUGCGUUUAACAGUAAUGAGGAGUUUGAUGCAAUGGAUGGAGAACUGGUUUGCAGAGUACUUCAGUUGAUGAAUCUGACUGACUCGAGGCUUGCACAAGGUGGCUGUGAGAAAUUGGAAUUAGCGAUGUUGAGCUUUUUUGAGCAGUUUCGAAAAAUCUACGUUGGCGAUCAAGUUCAAAAGAAUUCUAAAGUAUACAGAAGGUUAUCUGAUGUGUUGGGUCUGAAUGACGAAGCGAUGGUACUCAGCAUUUUUAUUCGAAAGAUAAUAACGAAUUUGAAGUAUUGGGGCAGGAGCGAACAAAUUAUUUCCAAGACGCUACAACUUCUAAAUGAUUUAUCAGCAGGUUAUAGUUGUGUUCGUAAACUUGUCAAAUUAGAAGAAGUACAAUUUAUGCUCAACAAUCAUACGCGAGAACACUUUCCAUUUUUGGGAAACAAUGUUGCUGUGACAGAAAUGCGCUGUAGAUCAAUGUUUUACACAUCUCUUGGUAGAUUAUUGAUGGUAGAUUUAGGUGAGGAUGAAGAAAGAUUUCAUACCUUUAUGUUACCUCUUACAGGUGCAUUGGAGAGCCUUGGUCAAUUAAUGGGUGCUGCGGAUACCCCUCUUUUUGCAGCAGAAGAAGCAAAGAAAGCGUUGAUUGGUUUGGCGCGAGACCUUAGAGGCUUAGCUUACGCAUUUAACACCAAGACAUCCUAUAUGAUGCUUUUUGAUUGGAUAUAUCCAAAUUAUACGCCGAUUUUAUUGCACGCUGUGGAGUUGUGGCAUCAUGAACCGCAGGUGACAACGCCCGUCCUGAAAUUAUUUGCUGAGUUAGUACAAAAUAGAAGUCAACGACUACAAUUUGACGCAUCGUCUCCAAACGGGAUUCUCUUGUUUCGCGAGGCCAGCAAAAUAAUAUGUAGCUAUGGCAAUCACAUAUUAAACGUUGAAGUACCUAAGGAUCAGAUUUAUCCCUUAAAACUCAAAGGAAUAAGUAUAUGCUUCAGCAUGUUAAAGGCAGCCUUAUGCGGAAGUUAUGUAAACUUUGGAGUGUUUAGGUUAUAUGGUGACGAGGCGUUGGAUAAUGCCCUUAAUACAUUUGUCAAACUGCUUCUUAGUAUUCCACAAAGUGAUCUUUUGCAUUAUCCGAAAUUGUCGGCAACAUAUUAUUUGUUACUCGAAUGUCUGACGCAAGAUCACAUGGUCUUUUUAUCCACUUUGGAACCUAGGGUUUUUCUCUACAUCCUCUCCAGUAUCAGUGAAGGCCUUACAGCACUAGGUGCGCAAAAAGACUCCUACACAGAUACUAUGGUUUGUACUGGUUGCUGUGCAACUCUUGAUCAUAUUGUGACAUAUUUGUUUAAACAACUUUAUCAAAAAGGAUAUCCAGGAAGAAAAAAUGCAGUCGUUCCUGGAGGAGGAGAAUUAUUUUUACAAGUUUUGAAACAGCAUCCUGAAAUACUUCAACAAAUCUUAAGUACUGUUUUAAAUGUGAUAAUGUUUGAAGAUUGUAGAAAUCAAUGGAGUAUGUCUCGCCCUUUAUUAGGUCUCAUAUUGUUAAAUGAAGACUAUUUUAAUCAAUUAAGGGAAAAUAUUAUUAGAAGUCAACCAGUUGACAAGCAAGCAGCAAUGGCCCAAUGGUUUGAAAAUUUAAUGAAUGGGAUUGAAAGAAAUUUACUCACAAAAAAUAGAGAUAGGUUUACACAAAAUUUAUCAAUGUUUAGAAGAGACAUAAAUGAUGCCCUAAAAGGACCUAAUAUAUCAAAUUCAGUCAAUGAUAUGAUGACUUCGUAGUAAUACUGCUCUCUCUCUAAAUUAGAUUCUUUUAGGUUCUUGCCUGCCAAAUGCUUGAAUGUGUGUACGAGUGAAACUUUAAAUUAAUGAUGAAAUUAAAAUUAUGGCUUUAGAUGAGUAUAAAGAUAAUAAAUAUUACUGUUUUAUAUAAACAUUACAUCUUGGCUUCCUAUUCUUUUUAGCCACUCAAUUCUGUAAUUAAUUUUUAUUUUUCAUAUAACACAUUAAAAGAAAAUAAGAUUUACAUUUUAUUUUCUUUUUCAUAAAAUUUCUAUAAGAGUUUUAGGUAUUAAUAAUUUGAAUACUUUUCCUCCAACGUGAUUAAAUAAAAAAGUUAAAUACUUUUUUUUAUUACCUUUAUACUCGAAUCUUCUUAGUCCUGUGGAAUGAUUCAACAUUUAAACAUUUUUAUGUACAUAUUGGUAUCAAGAAUUGAUAAUUAUUAUACGACAUUUUAUGAUCGUAGAAUGAAUAUAUAUAUAUAUACUACUUAAAUUUCUCGAAACAGUCUUCGUAUUUUUCACUUAAAAUAUAUUUGUUUUAUGAUUUUUUACAAAAAUACAUGAUUAAAAUUUAUAUAUAAUAGUAAUUUUUUAUUUUAGAUCAUAUUGAUAUAUACGCGCUGCGCGUGUGUGUGUCGAUAUAAUCUAAGAUAAAAAAGAGAAGUAGAAACAAAUAAUUACAUGGCUAUAUAUAUGUGUGUGUGUGUGUAUGUGUGUAUGUAAUUAUUUGUUUCUACAUCUUAAAUAGAGAUAAAUAAUAUUUUCUGCAUUGAGAAUAAUUCCGAAUCUUUUCUUUUCAUAUUUAAAAUAUAGAUAAGCAUGAAGUUUUAUGCCUUUUCUCUGUUAUUAUAAUCUUAAAGCAUUGCUAUUUUUUCAUAUAUAAUUUAUUUUAGAAUCUUAUAAACAAGACAAAUGAUUUAUCCAUUUAAAAUUUGUAUUUUAUUUUAGGGAUAAAUUAAAUAGGAUUUAUAUAAUUUGAUAGUUUUUAAUUAAAUCUAACAGUAUCAUUUUCGGGAUAGGAAGCCAAUAAUAUUUUUAUUUAUAAUGACUUGAUCUUAUUUUCAACAAAUCGCGGAUCUCCAUUUAUUUAAGAAUAUUGUGCACACAAAUGUGUAGUUUAAAAAAAGCUGUUUGCAACAUUAGAGAUUCUUGUAUUGUAAAAGAGAGAAAGAGAGAAAUGAGAGCAAAAUACAAACGUUACAUUCAUUACUUAAAAUUUAUUUGAAUAAAAGAACUGCUAUAAAGCUAUAUUAUCCAAUGAGUUACGAAUAAUGUGAACAAUGUAAAUGAGGAUAUCAUUAAAUUCAUCAUACAAAGAUUCAUUUAAGAAUAUGUAAUUAUUGUUAUAUUACGGACAUUAUUAUAGACAUUACUUCACCAAGAAAGAAGAUGGAUGAACAAAAUAGAAAAUUACGAGACAUUAAAUAACAUUAAUUAAUUUACAAUGUAAUAACGUUAAAAACGGUUGUAUGCAAAGUAAAGUAUUAUGAAUAAUCGUCUAUCUGACGGCAGAUUGUCUUAGGGCCGAUUUCACCAACUCCGGUUACCUUAAUUUUGCUUAACGACAAAUACGAUUGGUCAAUUCCAAUGGAAUAACCGACCUGUUAAGGUAACCGGAGUUGGUGAAAUCGGCCCUUAAUAGUCCUACAUUACAAACUUCUUCAUUGAUUGAUAUUUAUUAGAGUCACGACUAUCAAAUGUUUCAAUUUUCAUCAACGAUAUGAAUAAAUAUCAAAUACUUGAUAUAUUUUAUAACAAGAUAAAUAACUGGGACGAUCAAGAAAUCAAAGAGACGCAGAAUAGACAGGAUGAGAUAUCGAUCCUAUGUCGAAACAUCAUUAAUCAUGCUCUUUUUAUUGUAAAUAUCGUUGCAAAAUUUAUUGGCCGUAAGAGAGAGAGAGAGAGAGAGAGAGAUUGAGAGGGGGGGGAAACAUUCCUUUAUUUUUUUAUACGUAUAUAUUCCAUCUUUUAUAUCCAUUUUGUACAUUGCUUUAUAGACUCCAUAAGUCUAUGUGCCCAUCUGCAAACAGGCAAUAAGAUAUUCUCUUUGGACUUAGAACUCGUGCUAUAAUUUAUCAACGCCUUUUUAACAGUAAUCUUUUUUGGUGUAAAUGAAGUAGAGGCUUUUUUAAAUGCUGCAUUCCCAGAAUCAUAUCCCAUAUAAAGUUUAUUUGGUGCUUUACAAUUAGUAAAACAAUCAAACGAUAUUUUAGAAAUGUCAAAAAUGCAGUUCAAUUGUCUCUUUGUAAUGACUGUGUGAUAAAGUUACACAUAAUAUUUUCUAUAAUUGCAGAUCGUUAGGCGAAACUGGUACUUGCAGUUUCGUGUUUCUGGUAGUGAAACUACCCUCACUGCUCGUAGGUACGGCGUAUGCUAUUAUUCUUAGCGAGUUGUAUUACACUGUGAUAGUGACACCGUAAGAAUAUGUUAUUGUAUUAUCUGUCGCUCGAUCUCGUUCUCGGCGAAUGAAAGAAAAAAAGAAAAGAGAAAAAAGUAUCGCAUUGAAUAUAAGAUGUACCUGUAAAGACACGAUUUUUUUUUUACAACAUGGUACAAUAUUGCGUUGUAAUAGUCAGAUUCUACGAUUUCCAAAUUCAUAUUCUCAAUAAAGCGUUUCGAACCGCUUUUCCGAAUUACAAUGAUUUAUUUGACCAUAUAUAUAUGAUAUAUCGAAAAAAUACCCAGCGAUACGUUGCGUUGCGUUGUGUUGCGUCACGUUAUAUUGCGACUGUAGAGCCCGCAAGAGUUUAUUCUUACUCUUCAAAGCUAUUGUACUAGGCUGCGUGAUCUUCAUCCGUUGACAAAUGCGAGAAUCUGUAUUAAUGUCCUCUGUACACUCCUAGUUUUCGUGCGUGUACUACUACGCGUGAAACGUUCAAUAGAUUUUUUAAUACUUGUGCACAUAAAAAACCUAUGACGAAGAAAAAAUGAAGGAAAAAAACCGCAUCGGGCAAUUUUUCCUACGUAUAAAAUACACAAAGCAGCAUUUUACCAAGAUUAUACGCAAACUUAUACGGGUCGAUAUUCAGCGCUGUACCUUUAUCAGAUAAUAUUGUAAAUAUAUAUUGAACAAGAGAUAAAUUGUUCCCUGAAUCUUAA